AUGUUGCGGACCAUAUUUGAAGCGGAGUGUUCUCUCUCUCCCACAGAGGGGAUCCUGGGAAAGGAACAGUCGCUGGAGGUUCUCAAGACGUCGGCACUCAACCACAUCCCAACAGUGGAUAUCAAUUCAGCACUGCCUUUACGCCUCCCACCUGCCGCCAUCCCCAUGGAUCUACGUGUGGAUGCUGAUCCGGUGUCCCCUCUGUCCCCACCCCGUCAGCAGGCCGGUGGGGGCGUCGCCCCUGCUCCUGUGCGUGAGCAACAGCUGCAACAGGAGUUGCUAGGCCUAAAGCAGAAGCAGCAGAUCCAAAGACAGAUCCUAAUCGCCGAGUUCCAAAGGCAGCAUGAGCAGCUCUCUCGCCAGCAUGAGGCCCAGCUCCAGGAACACAUAAAGCAACAACAGGAGCUACUGGCAAUCAAGCACCAACAGGAGCUGUUGGAGCACCAGCGGAAAAUGGAGAACCAUCGUCUGGAGCAAGAGUUGGAGAAGCAGCAGCGUGAACAGAAGCUGCAGCUGCUAAAGAACAAGGAAAGGGGGCAGGAGAGUGCCGUGGCAAGUACCGAGGUGAAAAUGCGUCUCCAGGAAUUUGUCCUCAACAAAAAAAAGGCCCUAGCCCAGCGGAGCCUUAACCAGAGUGGCCCCCCUAACGAUGCUCCUUAUUGGUACAGAAAAACUCAGCACAGCUCUUUAGACCAGAGCUCGCCUCCACAGACUGUUAUGUCCACCUAUAAUCACCCUGUGCUCGGCGUCUACAAUCCACGGGAUGACUUCCCACUUCGGAAAACAGCCUCCGAACCCAACUUGAAGCUGCGUUCCAGGCUGAAGCAAAAGGUCAGCGAGCGCAGGAGCAGUCCACUCCUUCGUCGUCGAGAUAGCCCCAUCACCUCUGCCAAAAAGCGUUCUCUUGACAUGGCAGAUUCUGCAUGUAGCAGCGCCCCGGGCUCAGGUCCAAGUUCCCCGAACAACAGUUCCAACAACAUCCCCAAUGAAAACGGCAUCACUGUGUCGGUCUCCACCAGCAAAGAGGCAUCUGUAAACCAGAGGGUGUGUAGCGGUGCUGAGCGAGGCUCUAUUAGCCAGCUUUCCCUCUACACUUCACCAUCCUUACCUAACAUCACCCUGGGUUUGCCUGCUACUGCCACUGCCACUGCUGCAUCCAAUGUGACGUCCGCUCAACAAGAUGGCAGUCUGCAGCCGGCGUUGUCCCUCAGCCCUCCUUUCCUCUCAGGUGGCCACUUGACACCCUACCUGGCUGAAGCGGCAGCAGGAACAGGGGGGCACGGUACUCACAGUCCUCUGCUCCAGCACAUGGUGCUAAUUGAGCAGACGCCGGCACAGAGCCCCCUUGUGACAGGCGUAAGUGGCCUGUCCAUGUCCCCGGCAACCUCCAUGGCCAAAUUACAGCGGCAGCAUCGCCCGCUGGGACGUACUCAGUCUGCUCCACUGCCCCAGGGGAGUGCUGCCCAAGCCCAUGCCCAGGCACUGGCUCUACAACAGCUAGUGGUCCAGCAGCAGCACCAACAGUUUUUGGAGAAGCACAAGCAGCAGUUCCAGCAGCAGCUCCAGUUCAACAAAUUGAUAGCCAAGCCCAGUGAGUCGCCUGUGGGCCGCCAGCACCAGAGCCACCCGGAGGAAACUGAGGAGGAGUUGAGAGAGCAUCAAGAUGUUAGUUCGUUACCGCUUGGGCUCACCAUUAAGCAGGAGCCCCCUGACCCACAGGAUCUCCAGGAGGAAGCAUUGCAGCAGCACCGGGAGAGGCAAGUGGAGCAGGAGCUUCUUUUCAGACAACAGGCACUUUUGUUGGAGCAGCAGCGGAUUCACCAGUUAAGAAACUACCAAGCUUCAAUGGAAGCUGCCGGCCUCUCCAUCUCCUUUCCAGGACACCGCCCUUUAUCUCGUGCCCAGUCGUCUCCUGCUUCAGCCUCCCCCUUCUCCAUCAGUGUCCAGCCCUCUGAUCCACCCGUCAAGCCUCGCUUCACCACGGGUCUUGUGUAUGAUUCUCUAAUGCAGAAGCACCAGUGUAUGUGUGGCAACACCAACAGCCACCCGGAGCAUGCUGGCAGAAUCCAGAGCAUUUGGUCCCGCUUGCAGGAAACUGGACUCAGGGCGCAGUGCGAGUGCAUCCGUGGAAGAAAAGCCACUUUGGAGGAACUGCAGAUGGUUCACUCGGAAGCCCACGUCCUGCUGUAUGGAACCAACCCUCUCAGACAGAAACUUGAUUGUUCAAUCACUCCCAGCUUUGUGCGGCUACCGUGUGGCGGGGUGGGCGUGGACAGUGACACCAUCUGGAAUGAAGUCCAUUCCUCCAGUGCAGCUCGUCUUGCUGUCGGCUCUGUUGUGGAGCUUGUCUUCAAAGUAGCCACCGGAGAGCUGAAGAAUGGUUUUGCUGUGGUGCGACCGCCUGGACACCAUGCAGAGGAAAGCACUCCCAUGGGUUUCUGCUACUUCAACUCUGUGGCUAUCGCUGCCAAACUGCUGCAGCAGAGACUCAACAUCAACAGGAUCCUCAUCGUUGACUGGGAUGUUCACCAUGGUAAUGGAACCCAGCAAGCCUUCUACGAUGACCCCAAUGUUUUGUACCUAUCUAUUCACCGUUACGAUGACGGCAAUUUCUUCCCUGGUAGUGGUGCACCCGAGGAGGUGGGAAGUGGCCCAGGAGUUGGGUUCAACGUCAAUGUUGCCUUUACUGGAGGGCUUGAGCCACCUAUUGGAGAUGUCGAGUACCUGGCUGCUUUCAGGUCAGUGGUGAUGCCCAUUGCCAAUGAGUUUGCACCAGACAUUGUGCUAGUAUCCUCUGGCUUUGACGCAGUCGAAGGACACCCUCCGCCACUUGGUGGCUACACUCUGACAUCCAAAUGUUUUGGCUAUCUGACCCGCCAGCUGAUGAGCCUUGCUGGAGGCAGGUUGGUCCUGGCUCUGGAGGGGGGUCAUGACCUCACCGCCAUCUGUGACGCUUCAGAGGCCUGUGUUGCUGCGCUGCUCGGACAGGAGCUGGACCCACUACCUGCGGCUGUCCUCAAGGAUAGGCCCAACCUCAAUGCUGUGCGCUCUCUGGAAAAGGUUCUUGAAAUUCACUGUAAGUACUGGCGCUCAGUGUGUCACCAUUCGCCACAGCUGGGCCUCUCACUACUGGAAAGCAAGCGAGGAGACUCCGAAGAGGCUGAGGCUGUUACUGCCAUGGCCUCUCUGUCCGUGGCCAACACAAGCGUGGUGGAUCAUAGACCAGAGGAGGAACCAAUGGAAGAGGAGGAACCACUGUAA